AUGGACCCACCACCACCCCCCAAAUCCAAAAGCUGGAGCAUCCACACCCGACCGGAAAUCACCUCCAAAUACGAGAUUCUGGGUCGGGUAGGCUCCGGAGCGUACUCCGACGUCUACAAAGCCCGGCGUCUCUCCGACUCUCUCAUAGUCGCCCUUAAGGAGGUCCACGAUUGUCAAUCGGCGUUUCGAGAGAUCGAGGCCCUCCAAACCCUCCAACACUCACCCAACGUCGUCGUUUUGCUCGAGUACUUCUGGGCUGAAGACGAGGACGCUGUGCUUGUGCUUGAAUAUUUGCCAUCCGAUUUGGGCUCUGUGAUCAGAGAGUCCAAGAAAGAGUGGAUGGAUGGGCUUAGUGUGGGCGAGAUUAAGAGGUGGAUUGUUCAGAUUCUUUGUGGGGUUGACGCUUGUCACCGGAAUUCGAUUGUGCAUCGGGAUUUGAAGCCCUCCAAUUUGUUGAUUUCGGCCGAUGGUGUACUCAAAUUGGCCGAUUUUGGACAGGCAAGGAUACUUCUGGAGCCUGGGUUUGUUGCUGUUGAUGAUGACCUACAACCGCAAUACAGAAGCACCCCAAAUCAGACAACUGUAUGUGAACCACCUGAAGGUAUACCUAAAGCACAUAAUGCUGCCCAGGGUGUUCAUGCAAAUCAAGAGCAAGAAAAUCUGGGUAGAGAAGAACAUGAUAGUAAUUUAGAUAAGCUCAGGGCUAAAGAUGUCUUGGAUGAAAUUGAUAAAGAAAGUGACAUUCCUGAUGGAGAUGUAUCUUGUCUUGCUACAUGCACAGCGAGCGACAUAGAAGAUCCUUUUAAGAGCUCCUAUUCUUACGAGGCUGAGGAGGGUGAGAAAGAUGGAUAUGGUCCCCUCACAUCCUGUGUUGGAACCCGUUGGUUCAGGGCCCCAGAACUACUUUAUGGAUCCACAAAUUAUGGGGUAGAGAUUGACUUGUGGUCGUUGGGCUGCAUUUUUGCUGAACUUUUCAGGUUAGAGCCACUUUUUCCUGGAACUUCCGAUAUUGAUCAGCUUGGCAAAAUUUUCAGUAUUUUGGGCAACUUAUCAGAGGAAGUUUGGCCUGAUUGUUCAGAACUUCCUGAUUACAAAAUAAUCUCAUUUGGAAAGGUAGAAAGUCCAAUUGGAUUAGAAGCCUGUAUGCCAAACCGCUCCCCAGACGAAAUAUAUCUAGUCAAGAAACUACUUUGUUUUCACCCCGUGAGUAGAGCUACUGCAAUGGAACUGCUCCAUGACAAGUACUUAAGUGAAGAGCCUCUACCAGUUCCCAUAUCUGAGCUGAGAGUUCCUUCUACACGUAGUGCUCAAGAUGAGAGUUCCCCUGAUGAGUGGGGUGAUUUCAGGCACAUGGAUUCAGAUUCUGAUUUUGAGGAGUUUGGCUCCAUUAAUGUUACAACCACUGAUUCUGGUUUUUCGAUGCGGUUUACUUGAGAGGUCGACAAGCAUGAAGGGCCUCUAAACCCUUCUUUAUGUGUUGCUGCUCAUGGACGGGCCGAGAUUCGUGUUCUACGGGGUUGCCAAUCUGAUGCGGCGGCACAACUCAAUACCUUUUCUGGUACCACUGGAAGCUGCUGCCUGUGGUCUUGGGACUUGACCAUGCCAUUCUAUUAUUCCAUAUGUUGUAUGUGAAAAACUGCUGUAUUCUUUGUAAGACCAUUUAUCCGUAUAAAUCUCUCAACAAACCUGUAUAUCGAUUACUUGAAGCAAGAGGCUCCUUAUAUAUGAUAUUGAACGAAGAGGAAGACACUUGAUCAUUUUGUUUUGCAAAUAGUUUAUGGCAAGUCCAAAUAUUCCAUUGAAAAUGAAUUGUCCCAUCUGUGUUCAACGCAUGAUUUGCUGCAUAGUUCUGGUAUUUGUAGGGUGAAGGUGUGAUCAGCAACAGAUUGAGAACUUGGCACAAACAUGAUUUGUGAUCUACCUUGACUGAUCAAGAAGUCACAAUGAUCUCAAGCAUUCCUGUUACUCUAGCUUCUGGGGCAUGGCUUAUAAUGUGUCUGCUUUAUCAAGACAAGAAAUCAGUGUAUGCUUCAGCUACCCAAUCUCUGUGGAGAACCUAGACAUAAUGAAUGUGCCUCCAUUUUUGGUGGAGGGCAUAAACCUUCUCUAUUGACGAAGAAAAGUUGGAGCCUCUCCCAUGUGUAUCAUCUACCGCAAAGAUGUAGAAUCUAUGAACAUAUGCUUUGCCCAUGGAGGUUUACAAAGUGGACUUGAAAAAAAUUCAAAGAUUUUGACAGUAGUAGGUGGCUGUUACAGAAGAACUGGAAGUCAAGGGACACGUUCAGAACUUCUGAACAGAGUGGCUAACAUGGGAUGGUGUCAGUAUAACAACAUAGUGCCACUGCCAGGAGAACGUUCCCCUACGCAGGGUGUGAUAGAGCAUGAAAGAAACGGAGAAAUUUUGUAACGCCUCUGUUCUGUUUCUGGCAUUCUGCCUGUUACUCAAUUGAGCUCAGUCUUUACUAGAUGGUAUCCGGAAGGUUGAUUGUAAUGGCUUCUUCAAGCUGUUACUCAUUAGGCAUGCCUCUUGGAUUUGUUUUACAGAGAUGCAAGUGGAUCUCUGAUUUUAUGGAUUAUGAGUUUGAUCCAAGCUGAGGAGAAUUCUAAGUCUUAAUAUUUUUGUUCUCAGACUUUCCAGCUUAGCUUAUCGUAGGCGUUUUUUUUGUCAAACUUUAUAUUG